AUGGCCCGUACUAAGCAAACCGCGCGUAAGUCCACCGGUGGCAAGGCCCCUCGCAAGCAGCUGGCCACCAAGGCCGCUCGUAAGUCUGCCCCUGCCUCUGGAGGUGUCAAGAAGCCGCAUCGCUAUCGCCCUGGAACCGUCGCCCUUCGUGAAAUUCGCAAGUUCCAGAAGUCUACCGAGCUCCUUAUCCGCAAGCUCCCCUUCCAGCGCCUCGUUCGCGAGAUCGCCCAAGAUUUCAAGUCCGACCUGCGCUUUCAGAGCUCCGCCGUCCUCGCACUCCAGGAGGCCUCCGAAGCCUAUCUAGUCGGACUGUUUGAGGACACCAAUCUGUGCGCUAUCCACGCGAAGCGUGUGACUAUCAUGCCUAAGGAUAUUCAAUUGGCUAGGCGCAUUCGGGGGGAGAGGGCCUAG